GAUGGCGGCGCCCAUGGAGCUGUCAUGUUUCUGGUAAAACGGUCAUUAAUGUAGGUUUUAAAUGAAAAAUGUGACAUUUUGGACGUUUGCUGGUAUAUUACCGGUAUUAGUAUUGCAGAGACGCAAAAGACUCUGAAACACGAAGACAGGAUCAUGCAGGCGUCCGUGAGGAGGCUAUCUCUUGUCUCCCUGAGUGCUGUCCAGACUUGUCAAAACAGCACGACUCUGUUGAGUUCGGCGCUCCGCUUCCUUCCCCCCAGCAUCCGCACCAUCUUCAGUGAGACCGGAGUUUGGGACAAAGAUUAUCGAACUGAGAACAGACGGAGGGUAGAGGAAUGGUGGCACCCGCGGAUUAUGAAGCAGUGGCAGAAGGAUGCGCUGGAUACAGAUUCCAACAGGAAGAAAUUUUAUGUCCUCUCUAUGUUUCCGUACCCAUCAGGGCGCUUGCACAUGGGUCAUGUGCGGGUGUACACCAUCAGCGACACCAUUGGUCACUUCCAGAGAAUGAGAGGCCAUCAGGUGUUGAACCCAAUGGGCUGGGAUGCUUUUGGACUCCCUGCUGAGAAUGCAGCCAUAGAGAGAGGCCUUGAUCCUGAGGAGUGGACCAAAAGUAACAUCCAGUCCAUGAGGGAGCAGCUGGAUAGCCUUGGGCUCUGCUUCAACUGGGACAGAGAAAUAACCACAUGUCUUCCAGACUACUACAAGUGGACACAGUAUCUGUUCAUUAAGCUUUUUGAGGCGGGACUGGCAUAUCAAAAAGAGGCUGUGGUGAACUGGGACCCUGUUGAUCAGACGGUGCUGGCCGACGAGCAAGUGGAUGAAAAUGGCCGAUCCUGGAGGUCCGGCGCUCUGGUGGAGCAGAAGUUACUGACACAAUGGUUCAUCAAGACUACAAACUAUGCUAAGCCUCUUCUAGAUGCCCUGGACGAUGUUCCUGAGUGGUAUGGGGUUAAAGCCAUGCAGGCAAACUGGAUCGGAGAAUGCACUGGAUGCUACUUUGAUUUCACACUCAAGGUCGACGGCAAAGAGACAGGUGAGACCCUGUCAGCUUACAGCUCCUCCCCAGAGAUGGUGUACGGAGCAGCUUACCUGGCCAUCCUGCCCUCCCACAGGCUGCUGCAUGGAAGCAGCUCAGUCCGCUCGGCCCUACAGCGAGCAUUCCAGCCAGGGCGAGACUCACUCACACAGGUCACUGCUCAUAACCUAUUCACUGGCCACGAGGUUCCUGUGGUGAUCUCUCGCAAGGAGGCGUUCGAUGACUAUCUGGACACUGUCAUAGGUAUCCCAGAUAGCAGUGAGGAAGACCAGUCUGUGGCCAGAGCACUUAAUCUGACUUGGACCACAGUGCUAAAAACCCACAAAGAUGGAACAGAAACUCUGAUGAAUUCUCAGGAGUUCUCAGACCUCACCAGGGAGCAGGCGUUUCACUCCAUCACCCAGAAGGCCAGAGAGCUGGGGGUUGGAGGCCAUCUCACCAGCUCUAAGCUCAGGGACUGGCUGAUAUCCAGACAGCGUUACUGGGGAACACCCAUCCCAGUGGUGCAUUGUGAAUCCUGUGGUGCUGUUGCCGUCCCAGAGGAGGAGUUACCAGUUACUCUACCAAAAGCGGCAUCUCUCACAGGGAAGGGGGCGUCGCCUUUGGGAGCUGUUCAUGAUUGGGUCAACUGCAAGUGUCCCAGAUGUAAGGGUCCAGCCAGGCGGGAGACUGACACCAUGGACACAUUUGUGGACUCUGCCUGGUAUUACUUCAGAUAUACAGACCCUCAUAACACAGACAGGCCUUUUAGGCGUCACCUCGCCGAUCACUGGCUUCCUGUUGACGUAUACAUCGGUGGGAAGGAGCAUGCCGUUAUGCACCUGUACUACGCCCGCUUCCUCUGCCAUUUCUGCAAAGACCAAGGUCUUGUGGCUCACAGGGAGCCGUUUUGGAAACUUUUGGUACAGGGUCUGAUCAAAGGUCAGACAUUUAAACUGGCAGACAGCGGGCAGUAUUUGAAGAGAGAGGAAAUAGAUUUCCAAGGAAAGGAGCCUGUGGCUCUGAGCGGUGGCAGUGUGGAGGUGACCUUUGAGAAGAUGAGCAAGUCCAAACACAAUGGGCUGGACCCUCAGGAGGUUGUGCAGCAGUACGGUGUGGACACUGUUCGUCUCUACAUCCUUUACGCUGCACCGCCUGAACAAGACAUCCUCUGGAAUGUCAAAACGGAUGCACUCCCAGGGGUUUUGCGCUGGCAGUCUCGACUUUGGCAGCUUGUGACGAAGCUGAGAGGAGCUCGACAGCUCGGUGACGUCCCAAACCCCUCCCUGCUGAAAAAGAAAGAGCUGGCAGAGGUCAGGAAGAUCUGGGAAAACAAGAACUAUGCAGUUCAAGAGGUGACGACUCACUUCACGGAAGACUUCCUGUUCAACGCAGCCUUAUCCCGUCUAAUGGGGCUCACCAACACAUUAAGUAGUGCCACAGUUCGAGUCCUACAGCACAGUGUGGAGUUUGAGGAAGCGCUGGCCGCACUGGUUAUAAUGGCAGCACCCAUGGCUCCCCACUUGGCCUCUGAGCUUUGGGCAGGCCUUUGCUCAGUGAAAAACCCCCUCAGCCCCCUCCUGCUGCGGGGAGGGGAUGUCUUGCAGCAGCCCUGGCCAAUUGUGGACACCGAGUAUCUGGAGGCCCCUGACUUUGUGGAGCUGUCCGUGCUGAUAAACAACAAGCCGUGCGGCACAGUGACGAUCCCUCUGCAGGUGUCCAAAGACUCCAGCCGGGUCCAGCAGCUGGUUCUGGAGAGUCCCAUUGGACAGAAGCUUCUGAGCGAACGCAGCAUCAAGAGAGCCAUCCUCUCACCCAGGACUGCCCUCAUCAACUUCCUGGUUGAUGAGUGAUGCAAGGGUGUUUACCCGUUUGCAUGUAACACCUGGCGGGCGGUGCCUUUCCGCUCUGUACACUGACAGAAAAAUGUUGUUGAUGUUUGGAUGUCAUGUGAGAAAGAACGUGUGGGUCUGUUAUAACGUAAAUAUCACCAAAAUUUGUAUUUAUAUUUUGCAGUUUUUAAU